AUGACAAUUUCUGGGCCACAGGGAACAUAAAUAAGCUUUACUAUUAAGAGUAGAUCAUGGCGCUUGUGGCAGACGUUCUUGCAUCUAUAAAGAAACGUAGUGGAGUCGAAGGUUCCAGUGCUAGUGGUGACGGUGUGUGUGUGGAGGUGGCUGUGCUGGCCAAGAGGGCUGUAGAAGCUAAACUAGCUGUCAUUCAGGCACUCAAUGGACGGUAUGUGCAACUCAGCUCAGCCUUACAAGAUACUUCAUUGCUACAAGCCAGAGUGGAAGUGAAUGAAGAGCAGCUACAUCAGCUUAAGACUACUCUUGAUUCAGAGGUAUCCCCUUCAGUGGCGCAGAGUGUGGAGGCAGUGACGGGUGUAGCCGCACAUCUCCAGCAGGCAGAGGAGGGACUAGCAAUAGCUCAGCAGCUGCUUGCUGUACAUGAUGCCCUCAGAGAGGCUGGAGACCAUAACAUUGCUGCAAGAUUUUAUGAUGCUGCUAUAGCUCUUAAUAAGGCUGAUGCAAUUCUCGCCACAAUUACCCCAGAUAUCGAAAUAUUACCAGGCAUCCUAGAGGAGGUCAUGGUACAGCGAAAUAACCUUAUCUACACACUCUCGCAAAUCUGGUCCAAAUCCUACCAAUGGAAGGAAGAACAAAUGCAAAACGAACAGAAAAAGUCCAUAACUCUUUUGAUUAGAAACUGGGAUAAAUGCAAGCAAGAAGCUCUCAAUGAUCUUGAAGAAAAUCAACUUCUUGAUAUCAAUCAAGUCUCGUCUGCCCUCUAUGUUGUGGAUGAGCUACACCUCAGAAUGGCCGUUUUUGGUAGCAACUUAAUGAAAAAUUUCUUCAAAGUGUUGGUCAGCCGGCCUGCUCGUGUUUCUCUGAAGGACAGCGGUGACUACUAUGCUCUCUCCAUCACAUUCUCAACUGCGCCUCUAAACAAAUCUUCUAACAAACACAACAUGCAGCCUUCACCUCACGAAGUUUUCACUAGCUGUGAACAGGUGCUGAAGUGUCUCUAUGAUUCUGGCUUCAGCUCCGAGUUUGACGCGAGUGCCGUGGACACUUCAGGAGUUACCGCGAGCACGUCACUCAUGACACUCUUGGGUCAAGAGAUUAGCGAGACGUUCACGCGGCUACUGAUCAACGAAUGUCUUGCCUGUGCUGUGCCCACGUCUCGAAAGAAUCUCGACCAGUUUGAUGAAGUGAAACUUGCCACGGAGGCUUUCCAUGCAAAACUCGUCAGAAUUGGCUUUUACAACAAGUCAGAGCGAUCCAUCCUGGAGUACGCAGCGAACGUGGACACCGUGUUUAGUGACCGCGCAUGCGCUCACCUACUAGACACAGCACGUGACCUCGUCUGCCAGCCGCUGCACAACACUGUCACCAUCGCUCACAAUGACGAGUACCCGCCCCUAGUGCUGCAGGACCUACUGCCUCAG